AUGGAUGUGACUUGGCAGGAAGUUGUUGCUGGCAAGCGACGUGCCCGGGAGGAGGCAAUCACAGAAUUUGCCGUCUUGAAUGGGCAUGCUGGAUCCCAGAAGAUAGAUCCCAGCGAAUAUUCGUCGACGUUUGCUCGUGAUGAAGAGAUCCUCCAACAAGUUGCAAGGUCAGAGAUUUCCUGCGAGGCUCUUACCCUGCGCCAUAUUGAAAACUUAACAGAAGUGUGCUUCAAAGAUGCCUUGGAUGCUGCCCGGAAUCUUGACAAAUAUCUUUCACAACACAAUGAGCAAAUGGGACCACUUCACGGUAUGGUGGUGACUUUGAAAGAUCAAUUCAAUUUGAAAGGCUAUGACACAACACUUGGAUAUGUAGGAAGAGCGUUCAACCCAGCAGAACAGGAUGCAGCGGCGGUCAAGAUGCUCAAAUCGCUAGGGGCUGUAAUCUUGGGGAAGACGAAUCUCCCUCAGAGCAUCAUGUGGUGUGAGACUGAGAAUCCGCUCUGGGGCUUGACCACGAACCCUUACAGUCAAGAAUACACACCUGGUGGCUCUACUGGAGGUGAAGCUGUCCUGAUUGCAGGCGGCGCAAGUAUGCUCGGCAUGGGAACUGAUAUUGGGGGGAGUAUCCGAAUUCCGUCGCACAUGAUGGGCAUCUGUGGCUUCAAGCCUAGCAGUUCCAGGCUUCCUUACCAUGGCGUGCCUGUUUCGACAGAAGGCCAAGAACAUGUGCCCUCUUCCGUUGGACCUAUGGCUCGUAGGCUUGACACGGUUCACCUGGUGAUGAAGUCACUGAUUGAAUCGAAGCCUUGGGAACUUGACGCUAGAUGUGUUCCGGUUCCCUGGCGCGAAGAUGUAUAUCAGGACGUUACCUCGAGACCCCUUGUUAUCGGUGUGCUGAGAGACGACGGCGUUGCUCGGCCACAUCCGCCUAUUUCACGCGUGCUUGACGAAGCGGUGACAGCUCUUCGAUCUGCUGGUCACACAAUUCUCGAAUGGAACGCGGACCUCCACCCCGAAUGUAUCCAGGUCCUGGACGAAUUCUACACAGCCGAUGGCGGCGAAGAUAUACGCGUCGCAGUGACAGCCGGUGGCGAGCCUUUCAUUCCACACGUGGAGAAGCUCAUAAAUCGAGGCAAGCCGAUAUCAGUAUUUGAAUACUGGCAGCUGAACCGGCGAAAAUGGGCACUGCAGCAGGCAUAUUUGGAGAAGUGGGAUUCCAUUCGAACAAGCGACAGGAAGAUUGUCGAUGCGCUUCUCACACCUCCAAUGCCUCACACUGCCGUGCCGCACAAAGGUUGCCGGUGGGUCGGAUACACAAAAAUAUGGAAUGUUCUCGAUUACACCGCGCUGGUCAUACCUGGUGGAAAGGUGUGUGAAGAUGACCUUGUGGCGUCAUGGGAUUUCGAGCCACGAGGAGAGGUGGACCAGUGGAGUUUGGAUUUGUGGAAAGACAACAAGGAAGAGAUGGCAAAGCUCAAAUUGCCGAUCGGACUGCAAAUCGUGGGGCGUAAAUUGGAGGAAGAGAAGGUUCUCGGGAUUGGGAAAAUAGUGCAGGAUCUCUUGACCACUGGCGGUCAAUCAUAG